CUUCUGCAUCAACAUGAGACCAAACAGGAAGAACAAACCCACCUCCCUCCCCCAGCGUCAUACUUGAGCUCUAUUUCAGUGUCACCCUCCUGCAGUCAGCAGCAAGUCAGUAUGGAGGCUACAACUCUCUGCUUCAGGCUGUUGAUGCUUGAAUUCCUGCUGGAGAUUCACAUUCAGUCCACUUAUACUCUCAAAAGUGGUGCAGUUUUGCUUCGAGUCGAUCCAAACAGACUUCAACACUUUGAUUACGACUCUUUGUCUUUUCACUGUGAGGGAAGCAAAGGUUCCAUUAAACUGAGAGGAUCCAGGAACUCUGAGGAGAUUCGUCCAGUAUGUAACAUCAUAAAGACUUCUUCAUCCUCUUGUACAAUUUCUAGAAUUUAUGCAAGAGACAGCGGAGCAUUCUGGUGUGAAUCUGGAGCUGGAGAGAGAAGCAACAGAGUCAGCAUCACCAUCACUGCUGGUUCUGUCAUCCUGGACAGUCCUGCAUUUCCUGUCUUUGAGGGAGACAAUGUGACUCUUCGCUGUCAAAGUAGAAAGAUUUUUAUGAAGCAAACAGCAGAUUUCUACAAAGACGACGUCCUCAUUGAAGGGAGUCCUUCAGAGCAGAUGACGAUUCACAACGUCUCCAAGUCUGAUGAAGGAUUUUACAAAUGCAGCAUCAACGGCAUUGGAGAGUCACCAGAAAGCUUCCUGGCUGUUGGAGUUGCAGCAAAUACUGUUUCUAUCAUCUCUUCAACACCUCAUGAAGAGACGCCGUCUGAUGAACCUGGAUCUCCUGUUGGCCUCGUCCUGAUGUUGGUUCCUCUGAUGGUUCUGCUGCCGGUCGCAUUUAUUUACUGCAUGAAACACAGAGCUUCCUCAGAGGCGCCAACAGCAGCAUCAAACUCAGAUGAAGCAGCUUCAGGAGUCUCUGGAGGUGAAGCUGGAGAUGAUGUGGACGGUUUGACCUACGCAGUCGUCUUCACAAAGAAGAGACGAGACAAAGACGCUGCUGAUGCAGGAGAUAAUUUGAGUCGCGAGUCAAACCACAGCAGAAAACCAGCGACAGAAGAAGAUGCAGACCAGUCCUCACUUCAACCCGUUUACUCCACUUUGAAAGAGACACGACGGCCUGCAGAAUCAGGAUUAUCAGGCUCCACGUCGGCCUUAAAUCCCACAGCAGCUGAAGAGUCACGUUUACAAGAGCAGGAAAUCGUCUAUUCUGCCGUCCAGAAGACAACAAAGAGCAGAGACACCUGACUGAGAAAAGGAGGACAGACUCUGAUUAAAGCUGAGCUGAAUGUCGAUCUGUGUUGAAAUAUUGUUGAUUUUUGACAUUUUUUUUUAACCUUCUUCCUCCUGACAUAUUUAAGACACAGGAACUAAUGAAUAACCUGCUGUAAGAAACAACUAUGAGUGUCAGCUCGUUACUUUUCAAAUUAAAACACCAAAAUGACAGCAUUUAUCAGAGCCAGAAACUGUCAAAAUGUUGUAUUUGAUGGAUAGUUUUUGUCUUUUUUCUCUUGUAUUGUUUCUUUCUAAAAAAAACAAACAAACAAAUAAAAACAUAACAUACAUAUAAAAUAAAUGCACCAGUAUGUCCUCAACAUUAAAAUGGCUCUGAAUAGUAGGUAGUGAGGAAAUUGAUGUUUGAAAAUGUCUUAUUGCCAUAUUUUUUUUAAAAUGACAUAAUUCAUA